CGCUGCAGUCACCUCUGAGCAAACAUAUGUAUAUAUAUAUACAUAUAUAUAUGUAUAUAUAUAUAUAUAGUUCAACUAAAACACAAAUAUAAGAAGAUAUUUGGGGUUUUAUGUGCAGCGUCGGGGCUUCUGGGGACUUGUGUUUACUUUGACGGUACAAUUGUGUGAAAAUCUCGGUGGCUUGGGCUGUUUUGUGGCGGACUUGUUGACAACAUAAUGUGGGGGAUCCAGCGGACGCGCAAUGGAGACUGCAACGGCUCUGACGCCAGCGAAGAGCCAGAGAUUGUUGUGAACAUCGGCGGGGUGAAACAGGUGUUGUAUGGGGACGUGUUGAAUCGCUACCCGGACACUCGGCUGGCAGAACUGGUCUCCUGUUCACUCAAGUCUUCCGAAGAAAUAUCCUCACUAUGUGACGACUACGACCCUGACACAGGAGAAUUUUACUUUGACAGAGACCCCGACGCGUUUAAGUGUAUAAUUGAGCUGUAUUGUUAUGGAGAGAUUCACAUGAAACGAGGCAUCUGUCCAAUUUGUUUCAUGAAGGAGAUGGAGUUCUGGAAGAUCGACUCUGAUUUUCUGGACGACUGUUGCAAAUGCCACCUGAAUGAGGUGGAGGAUGAACUCGCAGAGAUCGCAGAGAAAGUGAAAACCAUCCUGGUGGACCGAGAGGGAGAUCCGUCUGCAGCAGGCUGGCAGCGCUUCCAGAUGUGCCUCUGGAGGCUGAUGGAGAAGCCGGAGUCCUCGCUGCCUGCGCGCACAAUCGCGAUAGUUUCUUUCAUCUUUAUCCUCCUCUCCUCCGUGGUGAUGUGUGUCGGGACCCUCCCCGACCUGCAGGUGGAGGACUCGGAGGGUAACCUCACGGAGAACCCAACUCUGGAGGUCAUUGAGACGGUGUGCAUCGGCUGGUUUACUAUUGAAUACAUCCUGCGUUUGAUCUCCUCCCCAAAUAAAAUAAAAUUUGUCCUGGCUUUCAUGAACAUCAUCGACUUCAUGGCGAUCAUGCCCUUCUUCGUGGUGCUGAUUCUGACCUCAUUCGGCACAGGAGUAAUGGAGCUGGUUAACGUGCAGCAGGCGGUGCAGGCUUUACGCAUAAUGCGCAUUGCGCGCAUUUUCAAGCUGGCUCGCCAUUCCGCUGGACUCCAGACCCUCACAUCUGCCCUGAAGAGCAGCUUCAAAGAACUUGGACUGCUCCUCAUGUAUAUGGGCGUGGGGGUCUUCAUUUUCUCCGCAUUGGGCUACACCAUGGAGCAGAGCCACCCGGAAACCUUGUUCACCAGCAUCCCACAGUCGUUCUGGUGGGCUGUGAUCACCAUGACCACGGUGGGCUAUGGAGACGUCUACCCCAAGACCACUUUAGGUCGGUGUAACGCGGCCAUCAGCUUUCUGUGCGGGGUGAUCGCUAUAGCGCUGCCUAUACAUCCCAUCAUCAACAAUUUCGUCUUGUUCUACAACAAGCAACAGGUGCUGGAGACUGCUGCCAAACAUGAGAUUGAACUGAUGGAACUGCGCUCCGGUGACGGGGAGCUGGAGGCUGCGCCCGGCGCCCACAAACAUGUUUGCGGCGCAGGGGUCUGGGACAACGCCAUGCGCUCUUGUCACAGCGACACCUACAUCCCCUUACUGAAGGAUCCCAGAGGAGGGGCCGGGAUCCAGACCCCCAGCAUGGACACAAGCUUUGAAAGCACAGCCGAGGCCACUGAAUAUUUAAUCUCAUGAACACCGAAGACUCAUCUGAAAAGACUCUGCAGAAAAACAACAACAAAACAACAAAGUAAUCAUUAAUUGCUGACUUCUUUAAACUUAAACCCGCACUUCAGGGUUAAUUAUACCACGAUGACAUGGGGACAUUAUUGUAAAUAGUCCUGAGAAAUAGUAGGACCGCAGUAGGAUGCUCUCGGAGGACCGUAAAUGCAUUUGAGGAAUCGCGCCCAUUAAUUAAAAGAACAUGUGUGUGAGAUAUUGACUUGAUGAGCUUUGCCUUUGCGCAGUGACUCCCUGUUGGGCGGAGGGCUUCUGUUUGAACAACCAGUAGGCUUCUUAUAUAACAACCCCCAUCCCCAACCCUCACACUCAUACUGCACUGUAGCUUAUAUUUAUCUGUACAGAUAUACAUACAAUAGAUCCCGAUGAAUGUUUAUGCAAAAAAUAAGAAAUAUUGGCAGCUCCUCCAGGAGAAAAGAUGUGAAAUAUAGUCAUCCCAUGAAAGGUUUAUGAAGGGCGUACAGGCAUGACAACAAAAUAAAAAGGGAAAGACUUGGUAUUUACCAGUGAUGGAGACUUUUAAUGCUAUAUACAUUACAAUACGGUCACUAAAAAGACACAUAAAAAGUACACCAGAGACUAUGAUGGGUAUGGCAGGGAUUAUAAAAGCAUAUCAAGGCAGUUUUUUUUUGUUUCUGCUGGUGAUCUUCUGUAACUGACACUAUGGAUGUGAAGCAAUACAUCAGAUAUAAAACCCAUCUACUGCGCAGAAGUGAUGAAAGGUGUGAAUGUGUCUGUGGGCUGCAGCUCCAGAUAGGACCAUGUAAUCAACACUGCAAACUCAGAAGCUUCCUGCUGCAGGUCUUGUCCUAUGAUGGGUUUAAAUUUUGCAGCAGCCAUCGCCACUCUGCUCGUUUCUUGAGGUCCAGUGGAAUAACUUGAAAUUAUGGGUGAGGGGAAGGAGAAACAGGCUGGUGGUUAAACGGAAAUAAUCCCAAUGGUUAAAUUAUUAAACUUCAAAAUCCGCUUUUCAAAGUGUAGGCUAUAGCUAAUCUGAAAGUCUGAGUGGAAAAGAAAGAUUUCUGAUGAAAAUAUAAAUAAAAGUCUCAAUAAUGGGGACAUUUUUUCAUUAAUUCGUCAAAACAAUAAAUGCAUUAGCAGAGCAGCAGGUCAUCAACAAGAAAAGAUGGUGUCAGAGUAUCAAUAGGAAGUGUCUGCCUGUGAAAUGUGUCUUAGUGCAUUACUGCUCUUAUUUUGAUGAAACUUGAAAGGACGACAUUUUCACACUGUGUCCAUGUUUAAAAACUGCACUCUGAAUUGGUUUAAUGGGCACUAUAUUUAAAGGUUAAAGUUUCACAGUUUGAAAUGUCUCUACUCCUACACCAUUAGUCUGAGUGACAUGAAACUUGCUGCACAAAUAGAACAAUCCUUACAUGAGUUGUCAACAGCAGGGGAGCUAUUAUUAAAAUUGGAAAUAAAUGUCUGAGAUGUCAGUGGUUUAAUCUUUUUGCAACCUGGAGGGAUGAUUGAUGUCAAGGUUGUGUCCUGUGCCUAAUCUUAUUUUGUGAAAUCUUAUGAAAUAAGUUUAAUAUCUUGCCUUGUGCACGUGAUUUUCCAACCAAAAUGGGGCAUAUGAAGAUGAACAAGAUGAGGGCAUUGAUAGCAGCAGGUAGCCUGAAAGUGGAGUGAUGCAGAAGAAGAGGGUUUGGGUCAUUGAAGGGGGAAUAUAUGUUCUCUCAACUCUGGAAUGUAGUCUACAUAUUCUAUAACCAAAGUCUAACUUAAGAUUGUCUUUUCCCCUCACCAUAGCCAAACCACACAGCAGUGGUUCCCAAACUUUCUUUUUAUAUCUGGUUUACCUCCACAGCCCAAAUACACUCAACUACAGCAGCACCAUCAUGUACCAAAUAUGUUCAUUUCGAUUGAUUUUAAACCGGAUGUUGUUUAACACUAUUAAUUUUUAUAAUAGUGGAUAUUGUUAUAAUAAUAUUUUUAGUUUCUGUUUGGAUUAGUGAUACUACCACUUGGACUGGCAGUAUCACUAAUCCAUUUAUCCAUUACUUUUUUAUUACUGUUUGGGAAUAACUGCUGUAGAGUAAAAGCUGCCUAGCCUUAACUGUAACCUGCAUGCAACCCUCAGAAAAAUUAAUUUUCAGAACUAUUUUUGAAAAGAUUGAAAUGGCAAGUUGAAGGACAUGAAAAUACAAAUGGUAUGUUGAUUUUGGUUUUUAAAAAACAACUUCACUGUUUGGCAUGAUUGGGGACCUCAAAGUAAAAAAAGUCAACUUUGAAGUACUGUGAUUACUACACACCAGUCAAAUUUAAAAAAUGUUCUCUCGACAAUAUUCAGAGCGUUUCUAUAGCAUCAAACAACUCUUUGUAAUGUAAAGAUUGCAGUGGAGUAAUAAGCAGAUAAUGCAGUCGCUUUCUUGCUGUGUGUGCUGUAAUCCAAGCUUCUCUGUGCUUUGUUUACGUAGUCGGGCCGGGCCGGGCGUGCAUGUUAGUGCAUGUGAGCGAGUUCCACUGGCUAGCUCAUGGUCGCCACUCUACACUGCAAUCAUCCUGACAGAUGGCGUUGUGGCGGAAGCUUUUCCCCCA